UCAAGAAUGACGCAGAGAAAAAAGUGUUUCAGUGAAAAUGUUUAUUCUGAAGUGCCUGAUGGAGGAUGGGGCUGGGUAGUGGCUUUUUCAUUUUUCUUGGUAGAAGCACUUACAUAUGGUGUCACCAAAUCAUUUGGUAUCUUCUUUAAUGACAUAAUGAACAGUUUUAAGAAAACCAACGGCAGAAUCUCAUGGAUAAUAUCUAUAUGCGUAUUUGUGCUAACAUUUACAGCUCCUCUGUCCACGAUAUUGACUAAUUGUUUUGGCCAUCGUCCAGUGGUGAUGGCAGGAGGACUGCUUGUCAGUGUGGGCAUGAUGGUGGCAUCCUUUGCACAAAAUGUUGUUCAUAUGUACAUAACUAUUGGAAUAAUAUCUGGUUUGGGAUUCCGCCUUAGCUUUCUCCCUACUAUCACCAUUGUGUCACUAUACUUUGAAAAAAGGCGGUUCCUUGUGACUGCAGUUGCUUCCACAGGAGAAUGUUUUGCAGUGUUUGCUAGUGCACCAGCUAUCACAGCUUUAAAAGAAAGUGGCUGGAGAUACAGUCUCUUUUUCAUUGGUGUGCUACAGUUAAAUAUUAUCAUCUGUGGAUCCUUGCUUCGACCUAUUAUAAUCAGACUACCUGGAACACCAAAAGAACCUUCAGUUGAAAAUCAGAAAGAAGUACAAUAUAUGCUUGAAAAUGAGAAAACACACACCUCAAUAGACUCCAUUGACUCAGGAGCAGAAUUAACUACUUCACCUAAAAAUGUGCCUACUCAUGCCAGUGCAGAACCUGAGCCAAAGACUGACAUAGAAAUCUUGGUAAAGUCCAGUGAUACAAAUUCAAGUGAAAAGGCUUCAUUAUUGGACUUUUCCAUUUUGAAAGAAAAGAGUUUCAUUUGUUAUACACUUUUUGGUGUAUUUGCUACACUUGGAUUCUUUGCUCCCUCUUUGUAUAUCAUUCCUCUGAGCAUCAGUCUGGGUAUUGACCAGGAUCGUUCAGCUUUUACAUUAUCUGCAAUGGCAGUGGCAGAAAUUUUUGGAAAUGGUUUUGUCCUUGAUAGAAAGCCCAUUCAUAAGAUCUAUAUUGAGCUUAUCUGUGUUAUUUUGUUGACUAUAUCUUUAUGUGCCUUUCCUUUUGCUUCUGCAUUUUGGGGUCUUAUAAUAUGUAGUGCAUUUUUUGGGUUCAUGCUUGGAACAGUAGCAGGCACUCAUAUUCCUCUACUAGCUGAAGAUGAUGUAGUGGGAAUUGAGAAGAUGGCUUCUGCAGCUGGAGUCUAUGUCUGCGCUCAGAGUAUAUCAGGACUUUCUGGACCACCCCUUUCAGGUAUUCUAGUGGAUACCACCAAGAAUUAUGCUUCAGCUUUCUACUCCUGCAUAGCUGGCAUGCUACUAGCAGCUAUUUUUCUAGCAUUUGUGAGACCAUGCAAAGUUGGAUUAUGUCAACAUCCUCAAGAUGAAGUGAAGUCUAACAGUCAGACCUCAAAGUCUUUACAAGAUACACCUGAAGACUUUCUUGAAAUGGACCUUGGGAAACAUGAAAACAAAGGAAAUAAGAAAAAUAAUGUAGUAUGAUAAGUUCUUCAAAUAUCAAAAACUGGGUUGAUAGGAUAUUGAGGAAAAGGUGACUGACCACCUUUUCUUCCCCACUUUCAGAAAUACAUCUUAACAGGAAUGUAUAUGUGAACAGGACUAUCUACAUCUUUUUGAAAAGGUUUCUUUUUCAGUUUAUUUUUAAGUUAGCUAAAAAAACAAACAAAAAGGCUUCCAUUCCAUUCCAUUGUAAGUUAUUAGCUAUAUGAGGAUGUGUUAGACUUUCAUAUUCCUGUUUUUAAAGAGGUGCUAAGCAUCGGCCACAUGUUUCCACAGCUCUAGUUCCCAUGCCGGUAAACUGGAAUCUUAUGAAAUAAACGUAGCCCAUGUGACAAUGAGUAGACCAUGCAAAAA